AUGGCGGUUUUUAAUACUUCAAUAGGAGCAACGGCAACCACCACAGUGAACACCCAUGAUUUGACAAUUGAUACACCCUGUGCCAUGUUCGGUCCACAAACAGACUUGGGUAUAUUCACCCUGUUUCUUAUUCUGGGCAUCCUGAUAGUUGUUGGUAACAUCGUCGUCAUCGUUGUGAUCUUACGGAACGAGGUGCUUCACCAGACAGGUUACUACUACAUCGUAAGUUUAACGGCAGCUGAUCUCUUGGUUGGGGUGAACUGCAUACUGGAGGCCGCCAUGAUGAGGGUGGUUGUCGACAAUCCACGCUGGUGUCUUGUCCGUGUCGCCUUUCUGAUUCUCGCGUCCAUCGCGAGUAUCUUAAGCGUCUUUGGAAUCGCAUACGACCGUUACAUCGCUAUAACGAGCCCUAUGGCAUACACGCAACGCGUGGGACAAUUCCAAGCCCGCGUGAUCGUCUCCAUGAUCUGGAUCAUUGCAGUCUCGAUUGGACUCCUUCCGCUGAUGGGCUGGAACCAUUUAGCAGGGUACCAGGGAUGCUGCAGCUUACUUAGCGCCUUAAGCAGCAGCUACAUGCUGUUCUUAACGUUUGCGUGUUACAUUCCACCCUUACUGGUGCAACUCUACUUUUAUGCGUGUAUACUUCAGAUCUCGCGGCACCAGGCGCGGCGGAUAGCCGACCUGCAACGCAACACGUGUGUCGUGCGCAACGUGCGGACCUUACGGACUAACAAAGCCCUCAAGACCCUCACGGUAGUCAUAGGGUGCUUCCUCUUAACGUGGACGCCGUUUUUCGUCGUGCUCGCCAUCGAUGCGCUUUGUGGCGAAGACUGCCACCUCACAAACAUUAUCCAGUCGUGUCUUGUGCCUCUUGGCUUCACAAACUCUUUCCUGAACCCUUUUGUGUAUGCGUUUUGGAGUCGAGACUUUAGAGAGAGCAUGCUAGCCGUCAACUGUUGCACGGAGAGGAAUAGGCAAAGGUUCGUCCACAUUUUGACCGUCCGACGGGCCACCAGGGUGACCGUAAUCUCGCAGAAGAUGAGUAGUCAUUCCGAACUCAACGUCAACAGACACAUUGUGUACAUGUGA